AAUAAAAUUAAAUAUUUGCAUAUUAAAUCAUGGCAUAUUUUGAUUUUUUCUGUAACGAUAUCAAAAAUAAAAGUUGGGAUACUGAAAGUAUCAGAGGAUCUUGCUAUGAGAUGUGUCCUCAGGCCGAAAAGAAAUUACGAGAAAAAGAGAAGCUCGUGCAUGUGUUGGAAGUUGUAGGCUCGACAAGACAGAUGGUUAAAAGCUACAGUCGUUCAGCAGCAGAUUCACAUAUAGCGAUUCCUGGACAUCUGAGACCAUUUCCUAUUCUUAAAGAGACUACUCAGUACUUAUUGCUAAGGGUAACAAAACGGACAGAUGUAACUGCUGCAUGCAUAUAUGACUUUGUAAAUGACAGAUUAAGAGCCAUUCGGCAAGAUAUGACGGUACAGAGAUUGGGACCAGAGGAAUGUAUGCAACUGCUUGAACCUAUGAUCAGAUUCUAUGUUUAUUUUGGAUACAGAUUAUGUGCAAGUUCUUUAAAUGAAUUUGAUCCAGUAUUAAAUAGAAAAUAUCUAUUAGAAUGCAUGAAAUGGUUUCUGAGCUGCUGUGAUAUGCAUAACAAAAAUACCAGAGACAAUGAGCUGACUGAAUUAAUUUCGAAUUGGACCAUAGAUAAGGAUGACUAUAGUCUAAAAUGUGACAGAGUUUUAGUGGAGAGCUUGUAUGUGUUGUGUAAUUUAGGUGAUAUGCAUCCUUUAUACAGAUAUUUAUCUUUGAGGCCGGAUAUCAAAAGGGCCCCACUACUGCAGUUAGCAUACAAGAUGGCAAUAGCAAAUCUGCACGGCAACUUUGUAAAGUUGUGCAGGCUAUCGGAAAAGUUGUGUCCACUCACUUACUGCGCUUUUUAUUUACACCUACCCACUAUUCAAAGAAGAGGUGUGUCAGUGGUGUGCCAGGCGUACAGCAGCCGGCAGGGGAGUGUGCCCGCAGAUGCGGUGGCGCGCUGGCUGGCACUGCGCAGCGCCAUGUCCGCCGCCGCGCUCUGCCGACACUACGGUCUCACCACACGCUCCGACCACACCGUGCACUUUAUGAAGGCUGACUUCAAGACAGAUGUUGAACCGAUGAAACCAGAUACUUGUGUCCCGGACAAGUUAAACAUUUCAAUACAAGAAAUUCUAACAUAUAGAACUGAUGAAAUGAUUUAUUGAGUUGGUCUCAGAUAUUAAAACCGAUAUAGUUAAUUCCUUCAGAUGAGGGAAUAUUUUAUCUUUUUUUUUUACUUUAUUUCGUAAUUUAUUUUUAUUUUUAAAACUUGAAAUUAAAUGAAGUGUAUUUCAGGUGGGGUUUGGGUUUAAGAGAGCGAAAUACUUUUCAAUACUGAGAGCCUAACAUGAAUAUCUGUGAGAUUUCGUAAUGCGAUCGACAAAACUUGUGCUGCGCCCUCUACAGGGGGUAAAGUACACCAACAAAUGUUAAUUAAUUUAGCCGAUUACGAAACCGCGUGUCGCAAAUAUUUGUUUACGUCUUUAGUUCUAAGAUUACCCUAGAACUCAUGAUCUCAUAGUUUUAAUUUAAAGAAAUCUGUUAUCAUGAAAUGUUUUGUUUAUAUUUUUUAAAUAAACCAAG